CGGAACCCGGCGCUCGUCCCCCCCCGCUGCAUCCACCGGCCGCUCGCAGCCUGUUCUGCACCACCACCAACACCACCACCGCCGCCGCCUCGUCCCAUCUCAGCCGCCACCAUGACCACCGCGUCCCCCUCGCAGGUGCGCCAGAACUACCACCAGGACUCGGAGGCCGCCAUCAACCGCCAGAUCAACCUGGAGCUCUACGCCUCCUACGUCUACCUGUCCAUGUCUUACUAUUUUGACCGCGACGAUGUGGCUCUGAAGAACUUCGCCAAAUACUUCCUGCACCAAUCUCACGAGGAGAGAGAGCAUGCGGAGAAGCUGAUGAAGCUGCAGAACCAGCGCGGCGGCCGGAUUUUCCUUCAGGAUAUCAAGAAACCAGAUCGCGAUGACUGGGAGAACGGCCUGAACGCGAUGGAGUGCGCGUUGCACUUGGAGAAGAGCGUGAAUCAGUCACUGCUGGAGCUGCACAAACUGGCCACGGACAAGAAUGACCCCCAUCUGUGUGACUUCCUGGAGACUCACUACCUGGAUGAGCAGGUGAAGGCCAUCAAAGAACUGGGUGACCACGUGACCAACCUGCGCAAGAUGGGGGCCCCUGAGUCUGGCAUGGCGGAGUAUCUCUUUGACAAGCACACACUGGGUCACAGUGACAACGAGAGUUAAGCCUUAACUAAGCUGGCUUCCCCGAGCUGCAGGUGACCUCCGGGCCACCGGGCAGUACAUGCAUGUUGGGGUUAUCCUAACCUUUUCUAUAAGUUCCAAAACAUCUAUUUCAGUCUUAUGAUUUGUAUCGGACCUUCAAAUAAAGUAAUUUGGUACCCA